CGCACGAACCAGAUGAAUCACACCUCAGAGAUUAUGCAAGGAAUCAAGGAAAAGCAGACAAAGCGGAGACGUCUCUGAAGCAGUUUUGUUGGCUGUUUUCCGAGGCUCGUCGUCUCCCCGGUGCCGCCAACUGCUCCGCCGCCUCUGCCGCUCCAUCCCGCAUCCUUUAUGCACAGCACGCUGCUCCGGUCCUCCCCGCAGAAACACACCUUCGUGUCCGAGCACCAUGGCCCGCUGCCGCCGCUCUCACUGAGAGACAUGGAAGCCAAACAGCACCCGAUAAAGAGCCUCAAAAGCUACCCUGAGACCGGCGGCCGGAGCCUGGCAGCGGCCGCCGGAGGAGACGGAGGAGGAGGCGGUGGGUACCGAGCCGGCUCGGCUGAAAUGGAGAUGGAGGCGAAGAUCCAGAAAGCCAUCGACUUCAAGGCGGAGGGUCACCGCUGCUACAAGGAGAAGAAAUUUCGGGAAGCGAUCGGCAAGUACCACCGGGCGCUGCUGCAACUCAAAGGGGUGCAUGUUGUCGACGGGACGACGGGCUCCGAGGUCAACCUGCUGAACCAAGCCGCCGCCAAGCUGACCGAGGAGCAGCGGAGAGCCGUGGAGAGCACCGAGAUCGAGUGCUACGACAGCCUCACAGCGUGUCUGUUGCAGUCAGAGCUGGUAAACUAUGAGAGGGUGAAGGAGUACUGUCUGAAGGUGCUGAGUCACCAGAGAGACCACUUCAAGGCCAUGUACCGAGCCGGCAUCGCCUUCUAUCACCUGGGUGACUACGAAUGUGCCCUACGCUACCUGCGUGACGCCAAGAACCGUGAACCCACAGACACCAACGUGCUGCGAUACAUCCAGCUGACAGAGAUGAAGAUGAGCAAGAGUGGUCAGCGGGAACGAGAGAGCGGCAAAGAGACCCAGGGCUAACUGCUCGACCUUCCCACCCCCCUGACCCCUCGGCCUUUGACCCUCCACCGACCCUCCCUCUCUGCUCCUCUCUCGACUCCUGACAGCAGCACAGCCCACAGACAGAAGAGACAGACCCAAUCACCCGCCAGCGAUGGAUAAAAACGGGAGACAUAUCAAGCUCUGUCUGCAAACCCGAUCUCCUUUUCCUUCCCUCCUCUUCUCCCUCUUUUCUCCCUCAGGUGCUGUGGUUCCUCCCCCUAGACGCAGACAGUCGAGCAAACAAUUAAAAAAAAAAAAAAAAAUGCUGUAAUAUACUCAUACGAAAGUCAUCGUGGUGGAAAAAGGAGCUUCAGAACAUACAUUUGAAUAAUGGACAUUUGCGUGAUUUAGUAAAUGUUUUAAAAAAAAUUUUGUUUCUCUUGCUCUCUCUUUUUCUCUCAACUUCUCUCUCUCCGUUUUAUUUCGAACUCCUGAGGACAACAUCGGGGUUUGGGAAGCUCGACCACACUGGGAGGAGGGCAGGAGUGUGUGUGAACAUAAACAGGGGGAUAGUGAGGGGUGUGUGUGACACAUAUCAAGACCAUAGCCCAAUUUGAUUGUACAUCCUACCCCGACAGGGCUCACUCAGGCCCCUUUACGCAGACUAUGGGACAGACUAGCACGGAAAAUCUUUCAUCGAGUAGAGAAAACGCCUGCGUCUGUGCUUAAUCUAUCGCUCUUCUCUGUCACUUUUCUUUUCUGAAUGCCAUGUAUCUCAGUUUCUGGACUGUUUUUUUCAAUUCAAGGGCUAAUUCAAGUGUUUGUAAGCCGUUAAUAGGGUUUUUUAAUUUGCUUUGGUGUUCAUCAAAAUUAAUUAAUAGCAUCUGUGUCUCCAGCGGUUCUUGCCGUCAUCAGGCGUGCUAACAUGGAAACUGGUGUGUCUCGAAUCUGUUGUCCGAAGCCCCUCUUGGGUCAUGUGUCGUUGAGAUUGUUGAGGCCCCUCCCUCCCUUCCCCAACUCCCCCAUCUGUUCUCCCGUUAAUGAUGUCACAAGGGAAAAUAGCCAAUGGGAUCAGAGUUCCAUCAACCGCCGUUGGCUAGAUGGAAAUCCACUUUAAAGUUUCACAGCGAGAAAAACACUUUAAAAUUUCUAAACAAGAGGUCCAACCUUUUAUCGCUAAUGCUGAAGCUUCCCAGACAUCGAUAACAAACUGAGGAGACUCUGGGUAGCGUUAGUGCAGGGAAAACACACACACACGCACACAUCUGUCCCAGCAGUCCAGACCGCCAUUUUGGAGCACUUAGUGCACUUCAACAAGAGCAAGCCAUUUGAGAUUUCUUCCUUUUUAAUUUGUUGAUAAAUUAAAAAUGGUUCUAAACACAGAGCUGUGCGAACAGAUAACACACAGCAUUAGCAGUAGACCAGUAGUUCCCAACUGGUCCAGCCGUGGGGUCCAGACUUGGUUUUAGUCAUUAGUUCAUUUAAAGCAUUAGACAAAUUACCACAUAUUCAAUUUGAUUCGACAAAAUGUAAACAACAUGUGGGCUUAAUAUGCCGAGAAAUAAAAUAGAUUGCAAGAAUAAACAGAAAUGGCACUUCAAAAUAAAAGCUCUGUGCUGGAAAUUUACUCCAAAAUAAAGUGUUUUUUUACAAACUUGGCAAGCUCACGAGUCACUUGCAGUCCGUUCAGAAUGACCCACUUCUGGACCGCGACCCACCAGUUGGGAACCACUUCAUUCGAUAACGUGGUUUGUGGAUAU